AUGCACCUGCACGUACGUCCACCUGUGGUCCCACAGCCUGCAGACCCCACGCUUGCAGUCGCAACACCUCCAGCAGACAGCUAUGACUUCAUCAUGCACGUUGAUGGGGAGAUAUUCCCGGCGGUGAGUGAGAGUGAGGGCAGCCCACCCGUACGCGGAUUCGGGAAGGGAUAUGAGGAGUCUCCCGAGGAGCUCUUCACGCUGGUGGAUAGGGCAUCUACCCGUUCGGCAUUGCUUGAUGUUUACGACUUCCAUCGCAGCAAAUGGCGCCCUCCACGGAUGCCGGCCUCUGUGUCGCAGCACCUUGGUGGGAAGCGCAUGACCGUGAUCUUCCUAUACGUACUGCCGACUGGCGAGCCACUCAGCACCGAGGAAGCGAUGGAGGCUUUGCGCAGAAUCGUCUCCUGGGUAUGCAGCCAGGAGGAGGAGGCUUGA